UGGUCGAUUAGCAGAUGCUUCCUGAACAAAAAUUUACCAAAUAAGAAUAAAAGUGACUUAAGAUUGAUGUCCUGGGUUUGAUCAGAUUCUCAGUAACUAAGUUCCUAAUCCAAAAAAGCUUCCAACUUUCCUACUUUUACCACCUUAAUCUCGAUUGGGUAGUCACCAUUUUAGCUCCAAAGUCCACACCCAUCAAAAUCUCAGCUUUAAGCUCCCUAACCCAUCCAUGGCGGACCCUCAUAUAAAAACAGAUGAGCCACCUUCCCAGCUUACCCUUCUUCUCGAUUCAAAUCACAACAACCGCCACCAAGCACCAGAAGGAGAAUACAAAGACACCCAAUUGGACCAAACCCUCCAACGGCUAGAAACGUUUCUCACUCUAUUGGGCUUCGAUCAAUCCUCUUGGUUCAGCCUUGCGCUGUCCUGGACUGCUCUGGCUUUUCUCGGUGUGGUGCUUCCGGUGGUCGUGCUCGAGAUGUUCAACUGCUCGGACUGCGAGAAGUAUCAGGUAAAAGGGUUCGAGCUCGUUAUCGUGGGCUCGCAGGCGGUUCUGGCGGCGGUCUCUUUGCUCUGCAUCUCUCAUUGUCUUCGCAAGUAUGGCAUUCGGAGGUUCCUCUUUGUCGAUCGCUAUAGUGGCCGUAUGGUUCGGUUUCGAAACGAUUACAUCAGGCAGAUUAAGGGUUCUUUACGCCUGCUCAUUUGGUGGGCGCUGCCGUGUUUCCUUUUGAAGACUCUGCGUGAGGUCAUCCGCAUGAUAUAUGUCCAUCAGUCAUGGUGGCUGUCAUUUGCUGUAUUACUAGCUUUGGUUCUGUCAUGGGCUUAUGUGAGUACAAUCACUCUAACAGCCAGCAUUUUAUUUCACUUGAUCUGCAACUUGCAAGUUAUCCACUUCGAUGAUUAUGGAAGGCUCUUGGAAAGGGAUUCUAAUGUGUUGCUAUUUAUGGAGGAGCAUAUUCGUCUGCGGUAUCAUCUUCAUAAAAUAAGCCACAGGUUCCGGAUCUUCCUUCUUCUGCAGUUUAUAAUCGUCACCACGAGCCAGUUUGUGACUCUAUUUGUCACAAUAUACAGUGGAAAAAUCACUGUCAUAAAUGGCGGCGAUUUUGCAGUCUCCACAAUUGUUCAGGUUGUCGGCAUUAUUCUUUCCUUGCACGCAGCUACUAAAAUUUCUGGUAGAGCCCAAGGUAUAGCGACAGUUGCCAGUAGAUGGCAUGCGUUAAUGACAUGCAGUUCUAAUGAUUCACCGCAUAACAGAAGUUCAGACAGUUUGGUGAACUUUGAGGCUGCCAACAGAUUGAGCUCACUGCAUUCAAGUUACUCUGAGAGUGAUUUGGAGUCGGCGGAUUAUGUUCAUGUGCCUACAAAUUCCCAGCUGGCUUCACAUAUGGCUUCAUACCACAAGAGACAAGCUUUUGUGUUAUACUUGCAAACCAAUCAUGGGGGCAUAACAAUUUUCGGAUGGAUGGUUGAUAGAGGCCUCCUCACCACGAUAUUUUUCAUCGAACUGUCUUUGAUUACCUUUGUUCUUGGACAGACAAUAGUUUUUUCGGCUGCUUGAUGCAUUGAUCCAUCCUGGCUUGCACCUUCAUCGCUUCGACCGUUUGCUUGGUUUUGUGAAGUGUACAAGAGUAUGUGGAGGGGGGAUAGUUUAGGCUUCUUUGGGUCCGGAUAAGUACGCCAUGUAGGUCAACUCUCGAGGCAUUACGAGCUGAUCUUAUAAAGAGGCAUGGCUGUGGAAGUUCCUUUGAUUCCUAGUGUAAUUGAGGACCAUCCAUACGCUGUGGAUGGUCGCUAUAAAAGAUGGGUAGAAUCAUACGCGGAACACUACUACUCUGAGUAAUUCUGUAGCAUCCGAGAUUGAGCUCCAAGAGUGAUGGAGUGAGAUCAUGAAUAAGGGUUAUGGCUGUUCAAGAUACUCUCUCAACUCCCUCCCCUCAUGCAUAGUGAAAUUUGGAAGUCCUUCAACAGAUUCUCUGCUAGAGUAAAGAAGAUACGGAAGACCAUUGACCUAAGAAACAACGAUAGCCGUCUUAAAAAUAGAAGCGGAGCUGGCAUUCCUCCAUACGGUUGCUGCAGCCGUCGUCAGCCCCCCGGCUAACUUGGCAUUGCAGUCUCCAGCAGCAUUUAUAUUUGAUGACUGUAGAGUUUAGCCGAAUACGAAUCAAUGCUUUGGUAUGUUCUCUUUUGUUUCACCAUCUGAAAAGCUCGUACGCAUGAGCUCAUUAGUGUCUUAAUCGAUAAACAACAUUUGUGCAA